CCACCACCCCUGGCCCGGAAGCGUAUAGCUUUACGUCCGGCGGUCGGUGGGAGUCUUGCGCGCUGGCAGUGGGGCGGUGAGGCGGGCGCUGGGCCGCGGGGCGGCUUUCCCGGCGUGCGUUGCGCGGGGAGGCGGGGCCGUGACCGUGAGCGUCCCAAGUUAAAGCAUCAGCAUCACCAUGAUUCUGCAUCAGAUUCUGCAUCUUUCUUCCCUUUUUCGCUCUGCUGUUUCCAUUCACUUGCGCAGAAACAUUGGGCUUUCUGCUAUUGUUUUUAAUAAGGCAAAGGAGCUUGAUCCCAUUCAGAAGCUCUUCGUGGACAAGAUCAGAGAAUACAACACAAAAAGCAAGCAAGCUGGAGGGCCUGUUGAUGCAGGCCCUGAAUUUCAGAAAGAAAUCAAUGAAUCCCUUGCUAGACUUCAGCGGGCGUAUGGUGAGGGAGAUCUAACCAAGUUUCCAGAAUUUAAAUUUGAGGAGCCCAAAUUUGAGGAGACUCCAAAGUGAUCCCUGCAUGUUGUAUAUCAAACGGCAGUGAACAUCAAUGGAGUUGCUCAACACAACACCAGUUGUAACUUAAUAAAUGCAGUGUUUCAGUUCAA